CCAUAGUUUUGCUGUCAUAGUUUUUAUAGGCUAACCUGUUACAAUAUUCCAUUUAUAUUUUUGAAAUUUUUAACGUUUGUAUUAUGGCUGAACGGACACGAAUCGUCAAACCAAUCAUCACCUACGAUAUGGUGGUGCACAAUUUACCCUGCGAGAAAGAUGAUAAGAUACGAUUGCCAGAUGUCUGGGACGAUGGCAAGGGCAUACCAGGAGCGACUUUAAAGGACAAAGAGGAAGAUAUGGAACACACAGAAGAGCAGGAAGCGAGUGUCGAGGAGAAUGUUGAAGCCAAGUCGGAAGAGAAAUCUGAGCUGGCGGCGGCUGCUUCUGCUCAAUCGGAAGCUGAAGCCCAGGAAGAAGUGAAAUAUGCCUGGAAUUCGCCGUGCAUGAUGAUUAUAUUCGAAGAUGGCGAUGUCAAUAGUGCACUCCACCAUUUGGUUGAGUCCCUGCAGAAUCCCUUUGCCCUGGAUGCGGUGGCCACAGUGUUGGUGCAGGAGAAAAUAGCGGAGGAGCUCUGCCAGCGCAUAGGCGAUCUUUUGCAUCCAUUGGAUGCCCGGGUAGCCAAUCACCCCAACUAUUUGCGCACUCUUGGUAAAUUGGCCAUGCUAAAACCAAAGAUCGUGGCUGGGAAUCCAGACAAUGUGCCGGCCCAGGCCACGCCCAUGAUCGUACGCGAUGUGCCGCACCAUUAUCUGGGCGUUGGUCCCACCGGCAUCAUAACCAUGCACAUCUUUCGCACUCCGCUCGAGGCCACACUGGUCUAUCACAAGGAAUCGCUGCCCAUUGCCUCGGUCAGCAUUUGGAAUGAGCGAGUCGCCAGCAUGUACGAUAUGGUGGCCGUCAUCAAUGUCGAUACAUUCAAAAUCAACUGUUUCGAUGUGGACUUGGCGCCCAUCAAGCGAACCUUCGAGUGCCGGCGUUAUAGUGCCCACAUGAGCCGUGGAUAUCACUACGAGUCCUUGAUGUUGAAUGAGCAGCGAAAGAUUGUGAUCUUUCCCGUGGGUUCUAUUUAUGCAAAUUGAAUAUUUCUGGAAUUAAAUAAAUUAUAACUCUCUCUGCCUAAUAUCUAU